AUGGCUCCCGGAAUUCUCGUCGACGACACGAGCAGCCGUGAUGGCCUGCAGCUCGAGGAGACCUCGGACAACAUUGACGCCGUCAAUGUCAUCAAGGGCAAGACCAACUUUGCCGACGGGAAGGACAAGACACAGUUCAGGCAAUACGAGGACGCCUGCGACCGGGUCAAGAACUUCUACCUCGAGCAGCACACCAAGCAGACGGUCGCCUACAACCUCAAGGCCCGCAACCACUACAAGCACCGGAAGCCCGUCGAGAUGACCAUCUGGGAGGCCAUGGAGAAGCUCAACACGCUCAUCGACGACUCGGACCCGGACACGAGCCUCUCCCAGAUCCAGCACCUGCUGCAGUCCGCCGAGGCCAUGCGCCGGGACGGCCAGCCCCGCUGGAUGCAGGUCACGGGCCUCAUCCACGACCUCGGCAAGCUGCUCUUCUUCUACGGCUCCGAGGGCCAGUGGGACGUCGUCGGCGACACCUUCCCCGUCGGCUGCGCCUUUGACGAGAGGAUCAUCUACCCGGGCACCUUUGCCGCCAACCCGGACUCCCAGGACCCCAUCUACGCCACCGAGCUGGGCGUCUACACGCCCAACUGCGGGCUCGACAACGUCAUGCUCUCGUGGGGCCACGACGAGUACCUCUACCACGUCGUCAAAGACCAGAGCACCCUGCCCGCCGAGGCGCUCGCCAUGAUCCGCUACCACUCGUUCUACCCCUGGCACAAGGAGGGCGCGUACCGCCACCUCAUGGACCUCGAGGGCCACGACGAGAAGAUGCUCGCCGCCGUCAAGGAGUUCAACCCGUACGACCUCUACAGCAAGAGCGACGGCGUCCCGGACGUCGAGAAGCUCAAGCCGUACUACAUGGAGCUCAUUGACGAGUUCUUCCCCGAGCGGGUGCUCAAGUGGUAG